UCUCUCUCUCAACCUAACGCGCAACAUAGCUUAGCCGGGACACAUUGUUCACAGUUAUGUCGUGUUUCAAAAGUAAUAACGGUAAUUUCUACAUGUGUAAGUUUCCCGCAUCAAGUCUAUGUAUCAUACGGUUUGUAAUGAGGCAAACCGUUUGUAAAUCCGUUAAUAUUUCAUUGAGUUAUGAGUAUUUUUAUUUGAGCCGUGCACUCACCCUCAGCUAGAGAACGGUUAGCUGUCCGAAGUAAGAGACCUAUGGUGCCAACUAGAACCACAAAACUGUUAAGUGUAGUUUCUGGUCAGCAGAGGGCAGCAGAGUGUCAAUGUCGAGCAGAUCAAGUUUCUGACUCAAGAAGCACUGAAACCAGUUUGAAAGCAACAUCAUUAAAAACUAACUAGUGCUAUUUUAACCUCAUGUAGACUAGUUUUUUUGCUAUAUGCAGCACUUCCAAUAUUAGGACUAGUAUAUUCAUCAGAAAUGUGCAAAUAUUCAGUUCUACACCUGUCUUCUAUCCUCCGGUGGAGGAUCUACAGAUGACAUGGACCAGUUUAAUCUCGACAUAUAAUUAAUUUAGGUACUGGUUGACCCGAAUAGCUGUAAAAACAUUUAAAGCACAAUAAUGACAUUUAAAAAAUAGAAUGAAACUGUAUUUUCCCCACACACAACAGACAACUUGAUAAAGAAUAUUUAGAAUCACACCCAGAAGAAUUUUAGAUCUUGAUUCAUGCUACAAACAUAUAAUCACUUCCCAUUUGUCAAGUUGUAUUUACAAAAAUAAUGCACACCUCUUGUGUAUUUAUCCGAUUUAUCCCACUAAAUCCAUUCAAUUCAAAAAGCUUCAAGAACUGCAAAUCUGCAGGAAAAUCUUGCAUUUGUUUGCAACAAUUUGCAUUUUGAAAUGACCGAAAAGCUAAAAAAUCGACCAGAUGAACUGUGAAUAAAACAAACUGUUUUGCACAAGCAAAUCAUGUCAGUUACUAAACCACUUCUUUUUUUUAAAAGCAAGAACCUCAAAUGUGAAGCAUGUGGGUGGAAGUGUUAUGAUCUGUGGAUGCAGAGAAAUCAGCAGAAGUAACAAGUGAAACAACACAUUUUGCAUUUAAAACCAGAAACUCUUAUGCACAUUGACAAAUCAACUAAUAAAAAGAAGUAAAAGGGUUAUUGAACUAGACAGAUAAAACCCACUUAGUUGUUGCUGGGGGGGAUUUGAAACAGGCAGCAUAUGUGAGGAAACUGGUAGACAAAUAUGCAAAUUAUAAAGACACUUGAAACAAUGAUGCUUCUGCAAAAGGGCUGAGGAGCUGCUGAAGACGAGGAUAUUAGUUUGUACAGAAGAACACACAUCUGUGGAUGCCUAUUUAAAAAUGCACAUUUUCUUUGCAAAAAGAGGAUAAAAUGUCCAAAUUUUAGCAGAAAUUAAACAGAUCUUGAGUCUAGUUUGUCACAGCUUGUCAAAUAGCUUUAUUUUUUAAUGAAAAAGACAGGGUUUGGUGUUCAGAACAGAUAACUAAAAUGUUUUUUUGGACGCGAUGUAAUAUCUAAUGGGGUGGCUGGGGAUUUGCAGCGUCCUCUGAAAUGUUCCAGACAGUCUCGUGAUCAGCUGGCCAGCGGAGGAUCAGUGGAACGGAGUGGAUUACUGUGACGCAACCUAUUAUUUCAGGAAUCUUUCAUGUGUUUUUCUAAUGCACUGUUGCUGAAACAGUUUUCAGGUUUCCAUGAAGACAUUUAAAAAAUCACAAGUGUUGCAGAGAGAGAAGUUCCUUUAACUCGUUUACCACAGUCUCCCUGACUUCUGUCCGGCCCAGUGUGUGAUUGUUCAUCUGAUCCAACCAUGUCUGAUGCUUUUAGCCCAAUGACCCAUGCUAUGUGUUUUAAACGUUCGAAUCUGGCCCCUGAGCCUUUUGUCCGCCCUCACAAGACAAGUCUGCCUGCUUGGCAGAACACAGGGACCGAGGCUUAGCCCAUUGAGAAACGGAGAGUGAAAAAGUGUGCAAGCAGGUGCUGCUGCGGGAGUGAGGUGGCAACUUUUCAUGCAUUGCUGCUUUCUGACAGACCAUAAAUCGAAUUGCUAUGACUACAAAAAGUAAAGGGACUCUUUGAAGGGGGGAAUUAGACACAAUAGCAUCAGCACUCUUCCUCUUUUCCCCGUUUCGAGACAGCAGAGCAGCACUUCUAAAGAAAGAGAGAGAAAAAGCUGAAAGGAGGUGAACAGGAAAAUAGGUGCGUGGUAGGCUGUGAUCUGCAGAUGCAGGUCCGCCACAACCCUCACAUGACGUGGAUUUCCGCUGUCACACAUUUGGCUUUUGGCAGCACAGCGGGUCAGGGCCACACAAUCACAGAAGAGCCGCUGCAGCGGGACAAGAUGAUGCUUUGAGAACAAACUCCACUUAAACACCAUGAAUUUUAAUGGACUUCAGCGGGAGAGCAGCCAGGAGGUGCAGGAGAACAGUCUGAAGAAGAAGCCUCUGUGGUACCGGCGCUCACUGAGGGGGAACACUGAUCGACACCGACAGAACGCUGGAACUCAACCUAGAGCCUGCAAGCCCAAGCCAACCACCACCUCACUGGUUGAUUACUCAGACCCACAAAGAACCUCAACCGUUUUGGAGAAGCACGACAAUGAAACAUUCGGAUUUGAAAUCCAGACAUAUGGAUUGAAGCAGAAAACCAGCUCUGCAGUGGAGAUGUGCACCUUCAUAAGCAAGGUGAAGGAGGACAGCGUCGCUGAGAGUGCCGGGCUGACCGCAGGUGAUGUCAUCAUUACUGUCAACGGGGUCAGCAUAGAAGGACUCUCUCAUGAACUCGUGCUUAAUCUAAUACGAGAAUCGACCAACAACCUAAAGAUGGAGACUGGGUGUGUGAACAUCCUGAAGCAGAUAGAGCUGGAGAAGAGAUUGGACCAACUCAAGCAGUCGCAUCGCGAGAAGCUGAUGGAGCUCCAGGCGCUCACAUUACAGGAAAAACGUUUACUGCGAGGUAAUUUAAACAACCGCAGCCUCGACCUGCUCAUGGAGGCCCAGGCUGCUCUGAAUUCCCCUGUCGUUUGCCACGGCCGACGUUUCUCCAGCGACAGCAGCUACAAGAGCGGGAUGACCGACGACAGCGACCAGGCCAGCGUGUUCGGGGAGCUGAGCUCGCCCAGCCCUGGCAGCGCGAUCAGCACCACGGAUGAUGGCUGCUUCUUCUCCAGAGACUUUCCUACACAGGAUGCCUCUAAGAGGCUCUCGUCCAGCAGCCUGCACCACCAAGCCCUCAGCCGCUCCAGCAGCUCCAGCUUGGCCGGCAGCAACACCUCCUUAUCUCCAUCCUGGGAUGAGACGAGGAUCUCGUCCUUGUUUGGAACUCUGCCCAGAAAGAGCAGGAGAGGCACUGUGCGCCAACAGAUCUUUAAGUUAAUUCCUGCACUUCAGAGAUCAGUGGAAGAGGAGGAGAUGGCGACACCCACUCAGUGACCUACUGGUCAUCCAUGUGUAGACACAACAAUACGAUUGGACACUUUAAAGGGGGCAUCUUAUGCACAACUCACUUUUUGCAUCUGUUUGUGUGGCCAUGUGGGUCUCUACUGCCUCUAUAAACACUUGAAAUGUGAAAAUCAAAACCACCCGUCAAUGUUUGGUUUCAGGUAUUGGAUGCUUAAAACAAGCCGCUUUAAAAGGCCCUCAUUUGUGAUGUCACAAACGGGGACAUUUGCAUAGAGCCCCCUCUGACAUCUCCAGGCUGGAGGAGCUGUGGCUCUACUUCAAGCCCCUUACAGAUAUCUGAGCUUCUCAGCUUACAGCAGCUUGAGCGGGGGAUGAGUGGGCGUGGCCAGCUCCAGCUUGUUUUCUUAAAGUGACAGAGACCUGAAACGGCUCAUUCUGGAAGGUGCUUAAACCAUCAAAACUGCUGAGAUCUCUUUAUGUGAUAUUCUUUAUAUGGAAAUAACUUCAUAAAUAUGUUUUGUAUUGACCACAGAACUAUUAUAAGUUUUCUCAAACUUGGGUUUGAGUGAACCCAUCAAGUGAAAAAGGACUACCUUUUUUGGGUGAAGGUUUACCUUAAUGCUUUUUGAGCCUUCAGUGAGCUUCACUGAAAUUACAAUGAGUGGGAAAGCAUUACAAAAUGAAUGUGUUGGAUGAAUGUACACCCGACAGACUGAAAUGUACAGAAGAUGAAUUACUGUAUCCUACUAACUUGAAUGAGAAUUUCCUUUUUGUACCUCAGUGCUAGUAGCAUUAACCAGAGCAGAUUGAGAUUUAAUAAUGCGCAUUCAGUUUUAAAAUGUGACCUAAAGAACAUUUAAGCAGACUUCCAGGUGCCCAAACCAAAACCAAAUCUACACCGUACACACAUAUACGCUUGCUUAGUUCAAAACAGGAUGUGGGCGGAAGAGUACUACUUUACUUUUCUUUUUUCUUUUCUAAAAUCACUUCGAAACCACAUCUGCUUCAACUGAAUUUCUUUGCUCUGAAACUCUAACACUGCUAGUUUCUGCACUUACUGAUGAUUAUACGCAAAUAUGAAAGUUCUGCUGUUGAUUUCUGUGCAUCAAAUCCAGAUGGUGUAAAUUUAUGAAGUAAUUAAAAAAAAACUUUCUAACUCUC